AAGAUGUCUUACUAUCGAAACAAGGACGAAUUUAAGUUUAAUUUGGCAAAGAGAAAGUCGAGUUUUUUCGUAGAGAAAAGUAUCUUUUACGCAUUUAAUGUGAAUUAUGUACUGUGUGAUAAUUGCGUGGCUUGGUUUAACCAUCACACAGCAUGGAUCUCUUAUCUGGUGUGAAGGCAAGACAUCAUCACAUGCAGAUCCUACUAUUGCAACAACAGCAGGCCCCAUGGUGUCGACUUAUACUGACGAAGUAUCAGUAACAAAUGCAACAGAUGGCAAUGAUGAAAUUGAAACAACAUCUCAUGCAGUGUCCGAGUCCACGUCGAUGGCCACAUCUACAGUGAUAACGACCUUUACUGAAAAUGGCACGGAAACAUCAAAAACAUCUACAGAAUAUCACAAUGAAACAACAACACUUACAGUGUCAGAGGCCACGUCGUCGACACGAUCAUUUUUUGCAAUGACGACUGAUGUGAACACUGCUCUUGAAUCAACAAUACCAGAGGCUGGGCAUAAAACUACAACGUCAGUGCCAGAGUUCACGUCGAGGAGAGCUUAUACGACCAACCCAUCAUCUGAUAUUUAUUUUUCUCCAGGCACAACGAAUUCACAUUCGUCUAUCAUCUUGUACUUGGCCAUUGGAUCUGUAACAGUUUUCGUCGUUAUGAUUGUCGUCGGCGUUAUGGUCAUCAUUAGAUAUAAAAGGAGAAUCAACAGGCUGAAAACUUCCAUUGAAAAAUCUGAAAGUAACUCCAAACGGAAAAGAACGCGGUCAUCUUCUGAAUUAUUUGGUCAUGAAAACAUGGCGAUGCAUGACAUUGUCGAAAACGAGUGCCCCUGUCAGACAGUGGCCCACGUCCCUCGCAUCACCAGGGGCAGCGUGGAGUACGCGGUGCCAGUACCUCCGGGCAACUACAGCUAUGCAUUCACGCCAUAUGACAGUUCUUUGGCGUCGAACAAUGAAGCGUCAGCCUUGGAAAACAAGUCUAAAGGUUUGUUUAAAUCAGGCAUUAAACUUCCUUACGGUGAAGAAGAAAAGUGGCAUCCGUAUUUCCGUUUACGCCCUUUGAUAGAACCGGUAAUCGAAGCAGCGGCAAAUGAGUCUAGUACAGAGGAUACCCUUUGUGUAGCGAACGGUAAAACGGAUGUGACCCCGAAUAACACGGAACUACCAAUACACAUUUACAAUCAUAUUAAGCUCAAACAAGGCAAAACAGAGUGUGAUGGCGACAGCGGCGUAUUGUGUUCGGGUGAGUACUCGCACAUUUCGAUUAAGAGUGAUACAGCAUCGGGGAAGAGCAGAUAUUAUAACAUUGUGAACAUACAGAGAGCUAGAACUGAAUCGGUAGACAAUUAUUGUCAUCUCGGGCCAAAUAAUACUAGCAUUAAAAAGCGUGUGCCUCGGGAUGAUUACGAUCAUGUUGCCAUGUGACAGUGAGUUGCAGCAACGCUCGAGUGUCCAAUAUUUACAAUAGGGUACGUGUAUAUAUUAGUUGUAUGUGUUAAUGCAGUGCAGUGUUUUUAAAAUUCUUUUUUUCAUAAACAAAUACAUAAGAAGCGUUCUUAA